UUCACGAAGAUUUAAUUGAACAAAAUGUAUGUUUUGAAUAUCGGUAACCCAAAAAUGUGAUACAGAAUGUUGGAUUCCUAUAAUAAUUUUGAAUUAUUAACCAAUGAGACGAACAUUGAACAAUACAACGACACAAAUUUAACUAACGCAAUAUGGACAAACGAAGAAUUCUGUUCACCUGUAUCAACUGGCAGUUUGCUUUCGACACCGAUUUUUCAAUUUUGUGUAUUCUUCAUGUAUUGUACUAUAUUUAUAGUUGCUUUGAUUGGGAAUGGACUCGUGUGUUUCGUUGUGCAAAGUUCACCUCGGAUGAAGACCGUAACAAAUUACUUCAUAAUGAACCUGGCUAUUGGUGACAUUUUGAUGACAAUAUUUUGUGUGCCGUUUUCAUUUGUGUCAAUGCUAGUUCUAAGGUACUGGCCAUUUGGUAUGGUUAUGUGUAAAAUAGUUAAUUAUUCUCAAGCUGUCUCAGUACUAGUUAGUGCUUAUACACUUUUGGCUAUUUCCAUUGAUCGUUAUUUGGCAAUUAUGAGGCCUUUGCGGCCGAGAUUAGGUAAAACUGCUGCUAAAACUGUAGUUGCAGCGGUGUGGGGAGGAGCAUUAACGACUGCAGCACCAAUAAUUAUCGUUUCCCAAAUACAGAGACCAACUGAAUGGCAUCAAUACUGUAAAGCAGAUCUUUGUCUUGAAAAAUGGGAGUGGGCUGAACAAAACGAACAGUACUCGUGUGCACUAUUGGUUCUUCAAUUUGGACUGCCCCUCACUGCGCUUGUUUGCACUUAUGCACGAAUUGCACACGUCGUGUGGGGAGUUCGACCACCGGGUGAAGCACAAACAGCAAGAGAUACGCGAAUCCAGAACUCGAAACGAAAGAUGAUUAAGAUGAUGGUGACGGUGGUUAUUGUAUUUACGAUCUGCUGGCUCCCUCUCAAUAUAUUCAUUAUUCUAUGGACACUCCACGAGACCGACGAGGCUUGGGCAACAUGGCCAGGCAUGCCAUACGUGUGGUUCGUCACCCACUGGCUGGCUAUGUCACACUGUUGUUAUAACCCAAUCAUAUACAGCUAUAUGAAUGUAAGAUACCGUCGAGGGUUCAAACAGAUACUGGGUAGCUUGAUGCCAAAUCGCUUAUACCAGACAUCGCGGUCGGGCCGACGUACCAGCACGUGCGAUGUUAUUCCCUUAUCAGAUCUCAUCGGUGUCAACGGCAUUAACCGUCGAGAAAUCAGCAGCGGUUCGAGUCGUUUGCAGCGCGUGACGACUUCCUCGUCGACCAUGUCGUCACGUCGCGGCGCGAACUCUGAUAACAAUCUCUCAUCGAGACACUUCACCGCAUCAACACCUCCAAUACAAGCGCUGUCAAUUCGUACACAAUUCCAGCUGUAACAUUUAAAUAAUAACUCAUAUAGACAUAGUUAACUACAUACCAAAGUGUACUAGGUAUAAUAUUUUUGUUCUGAAAUUAUUAAGA